AUGAACCUGUUAGGCAAGGAUGGACACGGCACUUCAGAUGCCGACAGCUUGGUUGGGGCAACGUCAGGCGUCGGCGCUGUCAUUGGGAUUCCAAUUGGCAUGUGGAUCAUGGACAGGUUUGGACGCAGAGCAUGCCUGGCAUACGCGAGCGCUGUAGGACUGGUAGGUGCAGCCGGUUGCUGUGCCGCCCAGAAUAUGGCAAUGUUCAUCGCAUUCCGCUUCCUGGCGGGGGCAGGGGCGUGGGCCUCCCUGAGUAUCGCACCUGUAUAUACGGCUGAGCUUGCUCCUCCAAAGCUUCGCGGGACUUUCGUCGGACUCACCGGUGUCUUUCUCAUGCUUGGACAGGCGCUCGCAUCAUACAUGGGGCUCGCCUUCUACUCGAUCCGGAAUGGCUCCUCCAUCCAGUGGCGAGGACCACUAGGGAUCCAAAUGCUCUUCCCCGCCAUAACUCUUUCGGUCCUCUAUUGGCUGCCAGAAUCGCCGCGGUGGUGCCUGAUGCAUGAUCGGAUGGAUGAGGCCAGAAAGAUUGUUCAGAGCUUACACGGGGAUGAUCCAGACUCCCAGCAAUUUGCAUCCGCCGAGUUAUAUCAAAUGAUCGCACAGGCGGAAUAUGACCGUACCCUGGAUAAUUCCUGGCGGACAUGUUUAACAAAACCCUCCUACCGCAAACGAUUCGAGAUAUGCUGUCUCUACGCUUUCAUCAGCCAAAGCACCGGCCUCUUAGUGAUCUCUGCAUACGGUUCCGUUCUAUAUAGCACUCUUGGCUAUGGGCCUCGGGAGCAGAUUGUAUUCCAAUGUGGAUACAUUACUGUGGGAGUAGUGUUCAACAUACUAGGCGAUGUGUUAGUGGAUCUAUUGGGACGGAAGAGACUGAUGCUCAUCGGUUUGUCAACCGUGACAUUUUGGAUGAUCAUCGAAACUAGCAUGGUUGCUGCGUUUGCUUCUCCCAUCCUUGCUCAUCCUAAUACGGCGGGUAUUGCGAUGGCAGUUUCGGCAUUAUACUUCUAUAUUGCCUUUUACGCACCGACUGUUGACACUGCAGCAUUCGUCUAUUAUAGCGAAGUAUUCCCCAAUCAUCUACGCGCUAAAGGGGUUUCUACUGCAAUCUGCUUCGGUGCCCUUGCAGAUCUUAUAUACAUGCAGGCCGCUAGCACGGCAUUCGCCAAUAUUGGUUGGAAAUACUUCCUGGUCUUCAUCAUUAUCCCAGUGAUUGGGUUAAUAUAUGUUGCGGUACGCUUCCCCGAGACAAAUGGUCUUCCACUUGAGGAGGUAGCGCGUCUGUUUGGGGACCAGGACCACGUGAUGGUUUACAUGGAGGACGUCAAUUCCGGUCCCAAGACUGAUUCUAUAACGACCACUGGUAAUAUAAGGAUGAUUCAGGACGUAGCCGAAUGA